GUAGAAACCUUGAUCAACUCUUUUGGAAAGAAAGUAGGCUAAUCGUGUUGGACGAAAUAUUCAGUCUGCAGUUCAGUGGGGUUUAUUGCUUUUGUCAAUUUUCUUUUAGUUUCUACGUGAAAUCAUCAGUUCUAGUUUCCAAAUGGCUACUACACUCUAUGUUGGCGAUCUUCACCCUGAUGUGACCGAGUCCAUGCUCCUGGAGAAAUUCAGCUCUGUCGGGCAAGUUCGUAAUCUCCGCCUCUGCUUGAACACCGGCACAUCACUCCAAUACGCUUUUAUCAACUUUCAGCAUCGAGCCGAUGCUGAGCGCGCUUUGGAGCUGCUCAAUUUCGACAUCCUUUUGGGUCAGACCAUGCGCAUCAUGUGGUCCCAGAGUGACUCAUCCCUCAGAAACAGCAACAAGGGAAAUAUCUUUAUCAAGGGCCUGGAGAAGUCCAUUGACAGCAUGGCCCUUUACGAUACUUUCUCCACCUUCGGCAACAUCCUCUCAUGCAAGGUGGUGUGCGAUGAAAAUGCGUCCAAGGGAUACGGAUAUGUGCACUUUGAGAGUGCCGAGGCUGCCGAGGCUGCCAUCAAGAGGCUGAAUGGCAUGCUCUUUAAUGACCACUACGUGUUUAUCACACACUUCAAGUCCCGCCAGGAGCGCCAAGAGCAGAAGAAGAAAGAGAGACAUCCUAAACCUCAACAUAAGUUUGAGCAGUGUGUGAACCUGUGUCUGAGGAAUCUGGAUGUCUCUGUGGAUGACGAGCGUCUACAUAAAGAGUUCUCACCUUUUGGAACCAUCAUCUACGCAAAGGUCAUGAAGACCAAUGGCUACACUGGAGGGUUUGGGUUUGUGCGCUUCUCCUCUCCGGAGGAAGCCACAAAGGCCAUGAGCGAGCUGCAGGGAAGGAUGCUGGACAGAAGGGCGCUGCACAUCCGUCCGAUUCAGCGCAAAGAGGAGAGACAGGCUUCUCUCUCCAGUCAGGGGACACAGGCUGCCCAAAAGCCUGUAGUAAACCACCAUCAACCUGCACCCCCCUAUGACAAAAUCAUGGAUGCUAUUCCUCAGGCUCAGAACUCCACUGACAAUAUCACAAGCAUCCAUCAAGUCAAGCCUCAUCCAAGUACACACAGGGCUAUGCAGGACUUCCAGCUGCAGAGUUUCCAGAACAGGCCAAUCAGGUGGUAGAUAUGGCUAAAAACAACCAAACUACAGUCACGGACGCUGUUCCAGCUGUAGUUUCGGCUGCAGUUCCCACUGCAGCUAAAGCUGUACCACCUACAAUACCGACUGCGAGUAUAAAAGCUUCUGGAUUUUGCUGCAAGUCUCCAGAAGAACCAUGGCUGGUUUUGCAAGAUGCUCAAUAAAACUUACCAGCUAAUUUCCUUAUAAAACUGCACAAAUUGUACCAGAAGCUACUAUUUUUAUUUUUAUUUGAAAAAAAUUUUGUCACACCAAAUAUUGACUUUGUUUCAUUUACUACUGUUUACUGCUCUUUA